AUGAAUAUAACUGUUCAAGAAAUUCAAAUAAAAAUAGCACAACAUAUGAUACAACCAAAUAUGAAAACAAAUGAUUUAACAGAACGAAAUAUAUUGUUAAUUUAUCUUCAUCGAAUUCUAGUUCAAUUCGUAUUAUACUACUUAAAUCAUUAUUUCCAAAAAAAAAAUUAUCAAUCAUUACGAUGUAAAUUAGAUGGUUUACUUAAUCGAUGUAUUUUUCCAUUUGCAUGUUGUCGUGAUAUGAAUUUCAAUACUGUACAAAUAAAUCAAAUUUUUAAACGUAUCCAACAAAGAUUAUUGAAUUAUGAUAUUAUAUUGACUUCACCAGAAGAUAUUCUUUCAUUUGAUUUACUCACUAUUGAUAAAUGUCGAAGAAAUGAAUUUGAUGUUGGUCGUUCUAUGUUGUAA